GAUAAACUAAUAGUGUAAAUCGAGCAAAAAUUCUGUCAAUGUUGAGACUAGUUUCGUCCCUUUAGUGCGAUCUCCUCUUAUUACGUUUAUCUCGCAGCUAUGUAGUAUCGUGACGUGUUCUUGUGUAUCCACACUAAAUGCGUCAAGAAUUCAGAUUAAAAUUACUCAAUAGCUUUCUGCUCGCUAAAAAAAAUGGAAUCCAAAAUAAACCUGAAACAUCGAAGCGGUCAUCGAAAGUAACCUUACCGCUUGGGAAGUAUUUAAAGAAUUAAUUUACAGUUCUUCGAUCAACAAAUUCUAAGUGGAAUCAUCUUUACGAACGAUGGCGUUAUUGAUCUCGAAAAGUGUCGAUUUUGUUCAAGGCAUUUACUUCCCUGAUGAACCUGUCACUGGGCACAUCAAAUUUAAUUUGCGAGAGAAAACCAACGUAUCUAAUAUUACAGUGAAUAUUGUUGGAGAGCGAGCCAUUUUCAAAUCUAGCUCUAAUGAUGGGUCAAGCAAUUGCAAGGAGGAAAGAGAAGCUAAACAAGAUGGAAAGGCAGUUAAAGCUCUGAAGUUAAUAGACCUGAAAGAAAGUAUCUUUUCUUGUUCGCCAGGUCAAUUCAUGGAUGCUGGAUCUCAUUCAGUACCAUUCUCUGUCAGACUUCCAGGCAGUAUUCCUUCCUCCGUUGAAUCGCCUCAGUGGGCAGUUUAUUACAAGCUUGUAGCCACAGUAAUGGGAGCCUCUGAUCUUCUGGAGACAUUCGAACGAUCUUUCUGCGUGAACAGAAUUUGUGAUCUGAACAUUCAUCCAAAGGCCAAAAUGCCCAUAACAGCCACAGUCACAGCAUCAAAAUGCCCCUGCAUCAGCUGGGAUAUGGUGACAGCGUCUCUGCAAUUGGACCGACAAGGUUUUAUUCCAGGCGAACAAAUCUGUGUAAAUGCCUGCAUAGAGAAUCACUCUCACAGACCAAUCUAUUACACUAAAGUAUCUCUUGUGCAGAAAAUGUGCCAUGUAGAUGUGUUUGCAGACAGCCGAAAGUUGAAAUGCAAACGACUCGUUACUGAUUACCAGCGAGGCUCAAUCCCGGUGGGCACUACCCAGGUUUGGAUGAACGAAAUGAUUACAGUGCCUUCUGUGCCCCCAAGCUCUAUUCACGACUGCUACGGUUGGUCCAUUCAAUACUGGAUCCAAAUGGAUGUCGUGAAUGUUGCGCCAAAAAUUGUGGCUACCAUGCGAAUUCCAGUAUUUAUUGGUAAUAUUCCUUUGAAGUCUUUGUACCCUCAUCUUAAGAUGCCUAGUCCAGGCAGUCUCAGUAUGGACUUUUUUCAAGCCAAUUGGGAAUUCUUUUCUGAAGAAGAGUGUACAUUCAGUGACAAGACUGGGGAUGAGAUUGCAAGUGUAACAACACCGAAGUACCUUGUGCUGCACCCGGUGAGUAAUGGAGAUUGUAAGGAAAUACAAAGUCUCCCUGCGAAUGAUGGUUCCCCAAAAGCCUAAAAUAAUUAUUAAUUUUCUUUCCACCGAUGGUGAAAAAGUAUUCGAACAGUGUAUUUGAAAGACUGAUUGCUCACUUAUGUUUCUAAUUAUUUCUUUUGAUUAGUUUUGUUUUUGUUCUCUGAUUUCAUAAAUAAGCCAUCUUACAUAACUUCUAGGAUCAUAAUUUGAAGAAAUUCAUCCCAGCUGUUUCGAUUUUUGGUCUAGAAAAGAACCAAAAAGCUUCUUCAUCGAAAUUUUUACCAAAUUUUCCUUUUGAUUGGAUGUAACAAUUUAGAACAUUUUCAAACGAAUAUGUUCUCCAGCUUGUGAUUUUAAAAAUUAAGUUCAGCAAGAACCCCUAACUGAUGAAUUUCUUCAGUUCGAUCCUUGAAACUAUAAAAUGCAAUUAUGCAUACUAUUUGCAAUUUAAUUAUGCAUUAGUCAAAUGUUUAUACCUUUGUCCUCAGGCAAAAGAGCCUUUCCUACUUCACCUAAGUCACAUCUCUGUUCAGUUGAACAAAGCACAGAACGGGAAGGCUUUGUUUUUUUCUUUCUUUCUACCUCUUAUUUUGUACUUUAAUGUUUAGCUUUUUUUUAUGUUGUUUUGAAUUUUCUCAAAUUACAUUGAUAUGGUGACUACAGAACCUCAUAGUUCAAAUGUGACUCGUCUAGUGAUUCUUGUUACCUUAUUUUAGCUUUAGGACUCUGUAAAUAUUCUGAGAUUUUUUCAAUUGUUGCUGUUAAAAUCCGUAUUUUUCAGAAAGAUUAUAUGUAAUCAGAUUAUCAACACCUGCAAAGUCCUCAGUAAACUAUUUUCAGUGAAUCUAGGGUAAGAAGUUUCAUAAAUUGCAACUAUUUUGAUGCGUGAUGACUACUUUUAUUCAGAUUAUUCUAAAAAAAUCGGAUGCAUAAGAAGCGAAUCCAUAUCUAGAAAAUAUAUGAUCAUUUUGAAAGUUCAUAAUCUCAAAAGUAAUGGAAAAUAAGGCUCUAAGGCUAAAAAAAUGUAACACAAAUAAAACGAAUAAAUAAUUAACCAAAUCUAUUGCAAAAGUGCCCAUAUACAGAGCUUUUUACCCUAGACUCACUUUAGUUUUUCAACACUACAUUGUUUUCAUGCGUAUCUUUCGAUAAUACCGUUCAUAUCCUCUGCAAAAUUCAGAGGAGACCCUCAGAAAUAAUCCUAAGUAUAGAACUGCCUUAAAAUAACUAUCAAUUGUUUAACCGUUCAUUUUCUUCUUUACUGUAUGCAUUAGUUAUUUAUAUUCAUGUUAUUAUACUCCUUGUUACAAUUUCCUAUAGUAAUUUAAUUUUUAUAUUUUGAUUUAAAAAAUUUACUUGGAAUAUAUCUAGAUCCACCCUCACAAAAUUUAUUCUUUAUUCUAAAGUAAAAUAUUUAUUGUUUCAUAAGUUCUUUGCCCAUAGCCUGAACGAUGGGUGAUAAAAAUUUUGUUGUAGUAGUGGUACUUCUGACAAUUUUAAAACGUUCAAAAUAAAUGUGUAUUUUCUUAAAUUUA